CGGGGCUGCGGCCGUGCCGAGCCCGGGGCGCGCGCUCGUGGCGGGAACGUGGCGCCCCCUGCCGGAGGGCGCUGAGGGAAGGGAUCCUUGCGGCAAGGGGUCCGUGAGGGCGGGGGGGUCUCCAAAGGGGGAGGUGACAGAACUGUCCCCAUCAGCCGCCACCAUGGGCUCUGUGCUGUCCCUGUCUGCUGCCAGCGCUGCCUCGAGCCAGAGGAAGGCUGAGGAUGAGGAGGAUGAGGAUUUAUCGGACAGCCAGGAGCCCGUGGAGGACGUGGCCAAGAUUCCCUACAUGGAAUUCACGGGCCAGGACAGUGUCACCUGUCCCACCUGCCAAGGCACUGGCCGCAUCCCCACAGAGCAGGUGAACGAGUUGGUGGCUCUGAUCCCCUACAGUGACCAACGGCUUCGUCCUCAGAGAACGAAACUCUAUGUCCUGCUCUCAGUGCUGCUCUGCCUGCUGCUGUCUGGCCUGGGCGUUUUCUUCCUCUUCCCCCACUCAGUCCUGGUGGAUGAUGAUGGCAUUAAGGUGGUCCAGGUGUGGUUUGACAGGAAAAACUCUGCUGUCCUCCUGGCCAUCACGGCCACCCUGAGGAUCAGGAAUUCCAACUUCUACUCGGUGGCAGUGAGCAGCCUGAGCAGCCAGGUGCAGUACAUGAACACCGUGGUGGGCAGCCAGCAGCUCACCAACGUCUCCAGCAUCCAGCCCCUGAGGGACAAACUGGUGAAUUUCACCGUGAAGGCAGAGCUGGGUGGAUCCCUGUCCUAUGUGUAUUUUUUCUGCACUUUGCCCAAGGUGAAGGUCCACAACAUCGUGAUCCUCAUGAGGACCUCGGUGAAGCUCUCCUACAUUGGCCACAGCGCCCAGAGCUCUCUGGAGACUUUCCACUACCUGGACUGCAGCUCCAACUCCACGGCCCCGCUGCUCCCCCUGGCACGAGGGGCACCCUGACGGCGCCCGGGGGCACAGAGGGGCCUGAAGCCACCUCAGACUGGCAGCAGAGGGACCGUGAGUGGCUCUGCAGGGACAAACCCGGCAGCUCUGGGGCCUUUUGGAGCCCUGCUGGGGGUUGUUCCUUCCCUUCCUUUUUGGGAAGGAGUCUGGAGCUUUCCCUCCUGAAUUAGGGGCUGAAAUCCCGAAGGUUUCCAGUGGUUUGCACCUGUUUUGGAAGCUGGGCACUGUCAGGGUGUUUUGGGGGAAAUGAAUUUAUUUUUUUUUCAGGGUAAAUAAAUUUAUUUUCUUGUUCUUGAGUGGUGGCAGCACCUCAGGACCUCAAAAAGGGACAAUUCCCACUGGGAAUGUGCCUCUGUCACACCCUGGAAGGAGGCAGAGGAACCCAAAUCUUUGGAAUGAGCUUUUUCCUCCUUUUCUCCCGUGGCUCUGACCUGUCUGGCAUCCAGAGGCUCUUCCCUGGGGUUUGAGAUCUGGGAAUUGGCUGCUUUUUGUGCUCCACUUCCCAAAUCAGCAGUGAUUUGAGGGAGUUCUGUGGGAGGCUGGGAUUCCAAGGCCUCCCUGCCGGGAGCUGGACAUUCCUGCCGGCUGCUAUCCCGAGGAAAAUCCAGCUGGCAGCUCGGCCCCCGCAGCCCUUUGGCAUUUUGCCCCUUUUUGGGAGGUUUCUGCUGGAAUUUCAGCCCUCGUUUCCCAUGGGAUUUGAGAGCCAGGCACAGCCACAGGUGAGGGAAUCCUUCCUCAGUGGAAAAAUCCCCUGAUUUUUGGGUGACAGUGACAUAAAAUCCACACUUUGCUCCCUUUUCCAAUGAGAGAUUCCUGCCGCAGGAAUCAGCGUUUUUAGGGCUGAAUUAUUCAUUAAACCUGAUUUGGAUCUUUCA